AUGUGGCCGAUUCGCUCUCUUUCAUCGUUAUUCUUUCUUUCUCUGGCCCUGUGUUCACCCGUCAGUAGCCAACCCGAAAAAAGAUAUGCUAUCCUGGAUAACGACUGGGGGGCGAUUAGCUUUCUUCCAUUCUUGAUCGCGCUCAAGAACGACGUCCACGUUCUGGGAUUAGUCUCCGACACGGCCAAUUCGUGGCAGCGUCAAUGCGCAUAUCAUGCGCUAGCCAACCUCGAGGUCGGAAACCUCAGCUGCAUCCCAGUCUAUGCGGGCGCUACCUAUCCCCUGAUCAAUACACCAGAGCGCUUCCAGGCAUGGGAAAGCGUGCACGGCAAACUUCCCUGGGAGGGCGCUUUCGCUUCAGAGAAUGCAACGGCAGAAGCACUCGGUAAUGACCCAACAUCAGGUGAUCCGAACCGGAUCGUCAAGGGCGCUUUUGUUGAGGGAUUCCCCACGACUAAGAUCGACCACUCCACGUCUGCCGCCAAUUUCAUGGUUGAGAUGGUCCACAAAUAUCCGCAUCAAGUCUCCAUCUACUCUGGCGGAGCGUUGACCAACAUUGCCUUGGCAGUGCGAAUGGAUCCCAAUUUCGCCUCCCUGGCCAAAGAACUGGUCAUCAUGGGAGGAUACGUGGAUGUGAACAUGUAUCAGGUUACGGGUGAUUAUUUGCAGGCGGACAUAAACUCCGAUAUCAACCUGAUGAUCGACCCGGAAGCUGCGAAAAUUGCUCUCAAUGCAGAGUUCCCCGAUAUUGUCAUUGCUGGAAACGUGGCCAAUCAGGUACAGUCGACGCAGGACUACCUCGAUGAGGUCUACACAGUCAAGAAUGAGUAUACCACACUCUUCCAUGACCACUAUGGCACUGAGUUUCCUUUCUGGGAUGAAACUGCAGCCGCCCUCAUGGUUGACCGGUCUCUUGCUAUUAACACCACUACUGCCUAUAUCGACGUCGAUAUCUCUUAUGGGAGCCCUAAUUACGGAAACAUUCAUGUCUACCAGACCAUGCUUAAGCCACCGGGCGUGCGCAACAUCACCUAUGUGAACCGUAUCGACGGUGAGAAACUCAAGGACAUGAUGAAGCAGGCUAUGUGGAAUCCUCCCACUUGUUCUUAA